AUGGCACCUGAAACGAAAUCGGAACCGGUGAGGGAAUGGAUUAUCCUUAUUCCCGAUAACAAAGAUUCAUUGGAGAUGCGUAUGAGACAUAUCGACUCUGGCCUAUUCCAAAUGGGCGGAGGCACUUUGGCCGGAGAUAGCGUCAACGGAAGCGCCAUCGUCGCCCGAGCCAAAUCCGAAGCCGACAUACUAGCUAUCCUCAAGAAUGAUGUCUACGCCAGAAGUGGAGUAUGGGAUCUAGAAAAUAUCAAGGUUAUUCCUUUUAAAUGCGUGUAUAGGCGGGAGCAUAUUGACGGUGCUGUUAUGGGCGCUGAGUGGAAGUUCUAA